UUGCAUCAAAUAUUGCGCCUCGUGAUUCAUCUCAAAAUAUUCUUUAGGUGAGGGGAAGACUUUCUAUAAGACAAUGGUUAUGCACCCUCAAAGCAACAGUUCCGAAGCAUCUUCACACCAAGACACUCAUAACCAACACCUGCAAGCUCUACCGGGCGCUCACAACUCUUCCCCCACCGACCUCCACUUCAUAAUAUUUGCACUCCAAACUCAAACCGCAACAAUGCCUUCCAUUACCAACAUGGUCACAGCGCUGGUGUAUCUCGCUUCUGCUGCGAGUGCCCUUCCCGCUAAUGUCGCUCGCCAACAGACCAGUGAAUGCGCGACUGGUACGUGGUACUACUCUUGUGACACCAACGUCGGCUGUUUCGACCACGAUCCUUGUGCCAACCCUACUCCCGUUUCUGGCAAAACACCCGACAAGGCGAAGGACAAACCCACUUCCACAACAUCAUCAUCUUCGAUCAAGACCAUCGUCCCUGCUACGUUGUACGACAUCUACCCUGAGCAUCCCGAUGAAUCUAGUGGUCCGGUCAACGGCGUUCAUCUCGAGACUUGGAAGGACAAGUCUCAGGUUGAGCAAGUGAUCAUUUUCAAGGACAUCCCCGCAGACGCAAAGGACUGCGAUCUGUCUUGGCGUCAGGGCCCUCGCUACUCUCGAAGAUUCCUCGUCAAGAACAGCGAUGCACAAGCUGAUGCACGACCUCUAUCUGGUCUUCCCGAGAACGUUGUAACAUACAACUCCAUCAAGCCCUUCGACGAUCAGAAAUCGAUUGGCGGCCCCAACUUUUCUUUCUGGGAUGAUCGUGAGGAAGACACCCAUGUUGUCGGGGGUGUCGACUGCGCUGAGACUAUUUCUCUCAUCGUUGGACUCCGAAAUCCCAAGGGCGAUUCACAGGUCUACCUUGAGCAAGAUGAACAUGAGAACGGCUGGGCACUGACAUAUCACUGAUUGCUUCAUGUGGUAUUUGAGGAAUUAGUAGAUAACGAUGCAUCUGAAUGCUAUUCGGUUUUGUUAUUCUUUAGGAAGGUCGUUUUAAUGUUGGUUGGGUCAAAGUUAGCUUAGUGCGAUUCGAUUCAUGAAUUUUCUUAGUUUACAUACUUUAAUCACUCUUUCC